AUGUCUGACCAUUACAGCGUUCACUGUUACUUUUCGUUUUCUGUUGAGACAGCAGGAAAAUUAUUUGAUCAAACGCCUGACUACAAUGUUUUCCUGCAGAUCUUAGCACGUCAAGGAUUAUUUAACGGCAGCUCACACUUUGACGUUCGGAACUCCCUUGAUGCAUGUUCUUUUCAAGUCUCUGUUUCUAUCCUUCUUGUUGACGUUUUAGAGGCUUCUGAGAAUUUAGAGUCUGGUUUGAUGUAUUUUCUUGGUGUUGUUAUAAUUAUGGUUAUGGCUAACAUUGGAAGUCUUCAACCUUUUGAUGAUGUUAUGGUUCAAGCUCUUGUCAGAAUGGCUGAUGAAGACACUGGUGACCUUUUCUUUGGUUUUUUUGAAAGCAAGACCAAUUUAAGCUGUAGAAUAGAAGGCUUAGGCAUAGUUAUACCAUAUCAUUUCAACAUAGUGUUCCAAAAUUUUAAGACCGUGGCUAAGAAGACGAAAUGGGAAAUUGCUCACUCCGGUAGUGAAGGUAGAAUUAAACAUGUCAAGAAUUUCUCUCCGUAUUUAAUCAUUGAGAACAUGGCAGAUUCUGCUACCCUUAAUUCUGCUGCAAAGGACUUUACUGACCAAGUAGGAAAAUUCUUGAAGCUGCAAAUACUAUAUGGGCUUUAUAGGAAAACACUGGAAAUUCCCCGAGGCCUUGAUCAGAAUGUAAAUAAUCUGAAGAGAAAAAGAAAGCAACUAAACGGUCAAAAAGAAGACACAGCAUCAAGAAUUAAAGCUGAGCUGAAUCCAAGAAAGGAAGUCAAUAAAGAAGUUAAGCUGUGGUUGGAAAAUGUAGAAAGGGUAAAUGGUGAAAUACAGAACCCAGAAUCAGAAGCACUUGGACCUAGCAGCUUUUACUCUAAGAAGAUUGAAGUUGAACAACUUCUUGAAAAGGGUAGAUUUUCCGAUGGUUUGGUUGUUGAUGAUCCUUUGCGGAUGGGACAGGUGUUGCCGAUACCAAGUUUAGUUGGUGAAACAGUCGCACUUAAAAGCAAUGAAAUUUUGGGAUACCUGAUGAGUAAUGAGGUUCAAAAGAUCGAAAUUUAUGGAAUGCCAGGAGUUGGGAAAACAAGUGUAAUCAAGCUUGUCAACAAUGAACUCUUAAAAGAUGCAAACCAGUUUAAUAUUGUUGUAUGGAUCAAAUGUAGUGCUAUUGAACUACAGAAUAAGAUUGCACAGCCAAUUAGUGCUGUUAUUUCAGAAGAUGAAGAUGAAACAAUACGAGCAGGGAUAUUAUCUGAAAUAUUUGCUCAAAAGGGAAGCUAUGUGUUAAUCUUAGAUGAUGUGUUGGACAAUUUUUCUCUAGAGGAAGUUGGAAUUCCUGAGCCUACUGCAAGUAAUGGGAGUAAAUUAGUUCUAACAUCCCGAUCAUUGGAUGUAUGUCGACGCAUGGAUUGUCAAGUAAUAAAAAUGGAACCGCUUCCUGGAGCAGAAGCGUGGACAUUGUUCUUGGACAAGGUUGGUCAAAAUCUAAUGAGUUUUACAGUUUUAGUGCCACUUGCUAGAUCCAUUGCUGAGCGUUGUGCUGGUUUGCCUUUGGCAAUAAUCACAGUUGCCAGUAGCAUGAGAGGUGAAUAUAGCCUUCCUAGAUGGAGGGAUGUAUCGGAGGAAUUAAAAAGGAAUGUACAGACUGUCAUGGAUGUGGAUGUUAAAGGCAUGGUAUAUCAGCAAUUGAGAUUCAGCUACGAUCGUUUGAAUGAUCCCAAAAUUCAGAAUUGUUUCCUCACUAUUGCAUCAUAUGAUGAAGAUUCAGGAAUCCAGAAGGAGCAGUUGAUAAGGGACUGGAUUAGAAAAGGAUUAAUACAACAUGCAAGCAAACAUUGACAGGGGCCAGGCAAUCCUAGGAAGACUUAUUGACAAUUGCUUGUUAGAAAAUGUUGGAAAUGGAAGAGUUAAAAUGCAUGAUCUUGUAAGAGAUAUGGCUAUACUGAUCACCCAGGAGCUCUAUU